CCAAAUUGACACUUGCACGUUAAGCGAUCCGUUAUAUUGUGUUACGUCAAAAUUCUAUAUCCCUUCCCUCGUGUCUUAGUACAACUGUAUACAACUUCUCUUACACAUGUGCCGCGCAACGUUUUUAAACCAGGGCGUCUAUUAGUCACACGCGCGUAAGAAUUCCUUACAUGCAAAUUCCGGUGAUUGUAGUAACUAGUAUUUAUUUGACACGGGGGCAACCUCUUAAGGCUUCACUGAUGAGAUAUACCGGGUUUAUUGCUAACAUCACUACGAAGAAAACAGCAUAGACGUUGAAUCUAGCUUCCUGGAUUGACUCGCUUCUCCAUGUAGUGCAAGGUUUUGGAGUGUUUGGCCAUCAUGCGUGCUUGGGUAUGGAGGCUUGUUCAGACUGUGUUGCUGUCGGGCUAUCUAACUGCGCAGUUUGCUCUUUACACUCGACUGAACUCUCGUCUUAACGAGGCUCUGGUGCGAAUUCAUAAACUGGAAGUGUUGUUACAGCCAAGCGAGGGCGCCCAAGUUGCGUAUACCUCGUUUUUGAACAAACAAACGGACACUAAUGUUCAAUAUAGCAAGCGGAAAGUUGAUUCUCACGACCAUGUUCGGUUACGGAGAGAAUCUGCCAAAGCGAAGCAGCCGGACUUGGAUGUGAUUUACGAGCGACUCAAAGCUCUCGAAAGUAGCAUAUCAGAGAACAUAACGAUAUCAAGACCAGUGCCCCUGUGUCCACAGGGACCCCAAGGGCUCCCCGGUCGCGAUGGACUCCCUGGAAAGGCCGGGUUACCCUGCAGAGAUGGGGCUAUGGGACCUCCAGGGAGAGACGGUAGACCUGGCGCAAGUGGUCGUGAUGGUAUGCCAGGUAGAGAUGGGAGUCCAGGAAGAGACGGACAGUUAGGGAGGCCAGGUGUGCCGGGUAGAAAUGGUGUCGAUGGACAGAAGGGAGAUCGAGGUGAUAUGGGACCCCCUGGUCAUCCCGGCCCACCAGGGGUGAGGGGAAGGAGAGGGAAGCGAGGCCCCCCUGGCCCACCAAAUGGGGGUGCUACACCCCAUCCUGGAGCCAUGCCCACCCCAUCCGGGGAGCCGCCUGAUAAAGGAGGGGCAGUCUAUACACGAUGGGGAAGAGCUGAUUGCCCCGGAACUGGCACCAAACUUGUUUAUACAGGAUUCGUUGCUGGAUCGACAACAAAACGCUCUGGAGGAGGAUCGGACUACCUGUGUAUGCCCUAUCAACCGUUCUACGCACGCGCGCCAAAUCUUGCCAAUUCUCGGGCUCACUUAUACGGGGUUGAGUACGGAAAGGUUGAGGACGUAUUUCUUAGGGUACCCGGACGCCCAAGGGACAUGACGUACCACGGGGUCCCCUGCGCUGUGUGCCGCACUAUUUCACGUCCCUCGAUGAUUAUGGUUCCUGCUCGUUAUGUAUGCCCAAAUAAGGCAUGGACGCGUGAAUACCAUGGCUACCUUAUGUCGCCCAGCUCAAAUAGCACGCGUGCGCAGUUCGUGUGUGUGGAUGCUGACGCUGGGAUUGUCCGCCGCUCCCCGGGGGUACUCCCCCAGAUGGCGGCUUUGCUCACCCCCGUGCAGGGGAAGUGUGGGGCACUGCCAUGUCCCAGAUACAGACAGGAUUGGGAUCUGACAUGUGCAGUCUGCACUGCUUAAUUGCGUGUGUCACGCAAUUUAUCAAGAAGCGCUGCGUGACACCAUGUUACGGGCCACAAAAGGGCGUUGCAUGACAUGUAUUGCGUCAAAAUGAUGUCGUAACGCGUGACUGAAGCACCACAUAAAAGGCGCAUUUAAUUCUGUCGGGAAAACUUGGGAUAUACAUGAAGCGUACUCGUAAAUAUGGACAUCAAAUGUGGUCAACGAAUUGCUAUAAUAGGACAUAAUAUAUCACCAUAUAUGGUCAUAAUAUAAUUAAAGAUUCAGUGGUCGGAGUGACUUUCGUAUGCUUACAAAUGGUGCUCACUCGGAUACUGAUUUUGUUACAGAUAUUACAGUCUGAAAAACAUAGAAAAACAAAGCGAAAUGAGAACGCUUUCCAGUUUCUUCCUUCAAAUGUAUUAAUGAAUUGAGAAGCAGAAAUACAACUAUGUUUCCUCAAAGCUGCAAAUUUUGUUAGGAAACGCCUCCUUUCAUUGUAGAGGAGAGGACUCUUUACUUAAAGUGCCCUUGCCAGCCACACCUUUGUUAUUGUUUCAUUCAAUAUUGUAUAACACAUAAUGUGUUUAUAUUUUGAAAUAACCAUCUAAAAGAAAAGUUUUAUACUUUAUUUACAAAAUUCAAUCGAAAAUAUCGCAUUGGCUUCUGUAAACCAGCCGAUGGAAAUGGAUGAUUUUUCACACUUGGUACUUUGCUUGGGUGAAAAAAUGGCGCCUGGCAGAGGCUGCUUAACGUCUUGAAGAUGGCACUUAUUUGAAGAUUGCCAAGAACUCUCGGUAGUAUUUUAUCAAAGCUAAUCAGACUUACAGAUUGGCCGUGUUACAUAAAUUAUAUAAAUCCUUUUUAUCUAAAAAAUGUAAAAUGACGCAAGUAAUUAACUAAAGUAUUGUGGCGAUCAUUGGAUAUGGAAAAAAAAAAACGCCAGCGAAAAGAAAAAAAAAAACAUACCAA